AUAUAAGCGAUUGUAAAUUAGUUUUUCAAAAACCUUAUCAAUGUUAGAAACUAGUGAAAUGGGUCGAUAGUUAGUGAGUUCCAUAUUGGAGCCUUUUUUAUAAACCAGAAUGACUUUAGUAGUUUUGAUGGAAGAUGGAUAUACACCAGUAGAAAAGGAUAGAUUUAUUCACUUAGCUAUAGGUACUGACAGCGUUUCCCUAGAUGGGAUAAGUACUUGAUAAGUGUCUAGGAUCUUCCAACAAAUUUCCAAUCCAAUCUCUGCGUCCGAACCACAAAAGCCCUAAGGGCUAGGUUGACGCAAAAACUAUGUAACUUAUUUCUCGACCCCAGUGAAUUAAACUGUCCCCGACACACAACCCUUUUAAAUCAACAAAUGGGUAAACACACGUACCGACAUCGAGCUUACAAUUUUUCAGGAGGCUGACUGCUGGCUAACUGGCUAGCUAGCUAACUUGCAAGAAUUAGCUAUAAGAAUUAGAUGUCUCAUUUUUCACAGAUUAUUGAAAAGAAUAUAGGGCGCAUUUUUAUUGGAAUACCAAAGUUAUAUUUUAGUCCGACUUACAAAAGGCAUUUGUCAACCAACAUACAAGCAGACAAACUACCAUUCCCAGACGUGCUAGAUGUAUAUUGGCACAUACAGGCAGCAUUUUUUAUAAGUAUUGUUGGUGGAUGGGGCAGAACUUUGCUUGGCAUUGGAAACAAGGUCAAAGUAUAUAACCAUGACAGAUUGUUGCAUUUUAUCAAUAACCGUCCAGUGGGAACCCCAUUAAUCACUGUUUGUAAUCAUACUUCAAUGUUGGAUGAUCCUGCUUUGAUAGCUACUCUAGCCAACUGGAGAGUGCUGUUUAAUUCUAAAAAGAUGAGAUGGUCCCUGGCAGCUAAAGAAAUAUGUUUCUCCAAUAGAUUUUUUACAUAUUUUUGCAGUCAUGGAAAGGUUAUACCAGUGGUACGGGGUGCCGGUGUGUAUCAAGCAGCUGUCGAUUUUACAAUAAAAAGGUUAAAUGCUGGUGAUUGGGUCCAUGUUUUUCCAGAAGGAAAAGUAACUUUGGAACCGAUUAGACUGAAAUGGGGUGUAGGUCGUAUGAUUUCUGAGUGCACCAAACCUCCCAUUGUGUUACCGUUUUACCAUACAGGGAUGAAUGAUUUUUUACCAACAAGCAAACCAUACAUACCAAGAUUUGGAAAGGAUAUUACUGUUUGCAUUGGGGAACCAAUCAAUUACACAAACAUUCUCAAACGAUGCCAACAGCAAGAUUGUAGCCAGAUGGAAUUGAGGAAAUCGUUAACAGACUUAGUGGAACAAUCGUUCGCAAAACUGAAAUUACAAACAGAAGCGCUCCACCGUUGUGAGCCAAGCUAAUAAAAUGUACCAAGUUCGCCCUUACUUAUGCUUAUACCUAGGCUUUAUUUUUCAAGUUUAUACAGUGGAACUCAUAAAUAUUUAUGUAACCCCCAGAUAUAAAAAUCGACGCCCUUAAAGCUGGCGUCAAGUAUGUACUCCCUCACUUGUUACAGAAUAGCUUUUUAUGGUUUAUAUUUUUUUGAAAUUAGGUAAAAUUAAUAUAAUAUUAAUGUAAUAGGAAUGUUUUUUCAAGGUUUUUAGAAAAUAAAAAAAGUUGAAAAAAAUCAAGACUACUUAC